GGCUCAAAUAGGAAAAAUGGAAAAAUGCUCAGAGUCUUGGUGCGAAUGGAAGAAGGCGCAAGCAACGGGUUCCUUAGACUCCUUUCAUCAUAAGCCGGCACUAUCGAACGAAGUUUUUGAAGCCAUCAGACCAAUCUACGAGGAUUUGAGCCGUGACGAGUUGCUGAAUCGUUGCUUGGGAGGCUAUACGCAGAACAGCAACGAAAGUUUUAAUUCUACAGUCUGGCACUUGGCUCCUAAAAAUUAUUCAAGCGGAAAGAAAAUAUUACAAAUAGCAAGUGACAUUGCUGUUUGUAAUUUUAAUGAUGGACUGAUAAACGUUUUAAGAAUAAUGAAAGUGAUGGACAUGAACAUUGGACCACAAUCCUACAACUUUUGCUUAGAGACGGACGCUGCUCGAAUACAACGCGCGGACCGCUCUUUGACGGACGCAGCGAAAGAGGCUCGCUCCAGCAUAAAAGCGUCCAGGAAAGAAAACGAGGAGGAGUUUAGCAACCUGGAAGGUCAGCUUUACGGUGCUGGAAUAGCAGAUUAAAGAUUAAUUUUUGCUGCACUUCUACUGCGUGCCGCGGAGCCCCUCCAAAAAAAACCGUUCCGCAGAAACGGCUGUUGGGCAGCCAUUUUGUAAUAUUUUUUAAUAAACAAAAUUUUUUUUAAAACUUCAAAACAUGCUUAACA